UUGGAUGAAAGCCAUGAACGAGUAUUCAGCUCUUCACAGGGAGUUGAACAAGUGGUACUAGGAUUAUACAUCGUAAGAGGUGACAAUGUUGCAGUCAUUGGAGAAAUUGAUGAAGAGACAGAUUCUGCACUUGACUUGGGGAAUAUUCGAGCAGAACCUCUAAACUCUGUAGCACACUGAGGAAAAAACGGCAUGCAGUAGACAUCUGUAAAUCUUGUACAGAAACUGUUCUGAGAAUGGUGUUCAGAAUUUUUA